AUGAAGCGAGGUCACCCCAGCCAACUCAACAGACCACGCACCGACCAGAGCACUCAUCGGAGCCAGCACGCCCAUCUUGCUGGCAACUGCCACAGCAACAAUCUUCUCAUCUACCUCAUCGCACGAGAAGGUCUCGCCAGGCAGCUGAAUCUCAAAAGGAGGUAUGCGAAAUUGGAUAUCUGGGGAGUGGGAGGAAAGAAGACCGCUCAGACAAAAGGUGUCGUCUCCCUUACCCUGACGUCAAGGUACAGAUCAAUAUCUAUCACUAUCCAAGCUCACGUUCUUUCAACGGUAACAACCAUCCUGCCUACCGGCCAGCUGACUCACCAACCGGAAUGGCCCCAUCUCAAGGGAUUGAAUCUCGCCGAUCCUGACUUUCUCAUUCCAAGGCCUGUAGAUGUCAUUAUCGGAGCUGAUGCUUAUGGGCAGCUCAUAAAACCGAACAUUAUCAGAUACUCAAGCUCCGCUCCCAUAGCUCAGCUAUCAAUCUUCGGAUGGCUCGUGAUCGGUCCAGGUGACUCACCCAUGACGGCAGUCAGAACAACUCAUCAUGGCAUUUCACGACUUUCAGAUUCACCCUUGCAAGAUCUGCUGACGAGGUUUUGGAUCCAGGAAGAAACUCCCACCUCAACUGACUCUCACCUGUCACCUGAAGAGCAGGAGUGCGAAGAACACUUCGCAUCUUCUCACUCAAGGGAUGGAAGCGGACGAUACAUCGUCAAGCUGCCACUCAAAUCAUCACCACCGGUGCUGGGAGACUCAUACAGAACCGCUCAUCAAUGCCAGGGACACUCAGUAUGGUGA